GUAGGGCUCGGCGCGAGGCGGUCCUGCUCGGCGGGUGCCGGUUCCCGUCAGCCGAGGGGAGCGGGAUGGCCGCCUCGGGCAGGCUGCGGCGCGGCGCGCUGCGCUGAGGGGAGCGGAGCCCGGCCCAGCCGCAGCUGCCUGCCACGACCAUGCCGUCAGGAAGGGAGCCGGGAGACCCUCGGCUGCGGGAUCCGAGCGGGGCGGCCGCCCUGUCAGCGCCCGGCAGCGCCUGAUCCCGCGCCGCGCUGCCCCCCGCGCACCGCCAUGGACGAGCGCUUCAACAGGUGGCUGCUGCCGCCGCUGCUGGCGCUGCUCUUCUUGCUCAUCGUCUACCAGUAUGUGUCGCCCGCCUGCCCCGGUGCCGCCUGCGCCCGCCGCCCGCCGGCCUCCGCCGCCCGCCGUGGGGGGGGCCCGGCGGAGCGAGAGGAGGGGGAGGCGGCAGCGGGUAACGCGGAGGAAGAGGAGGCGGCGGAGGCAGCGGCGGCCCUGCCGCGGCUGGUGGCCAAGUUCGCUUUCGCGCGGGGGGAGCUGUGUCGGCGCGUGCGGUUCGACAUGCGGGGACGAGACGUAAUCGUCUUCCUCCACAUCCAGAAGACAGGCGGCACCACCUUCGGGAGGCAUCUGGUGCGCAACAUCCGCCUGGAGCAGCCCUGCUACUGCCGCGCCGGGCAAAAGAAGUGCGCCUGCCACCGCCCGGGCGGCGACAAGGACACGUGGCUCUUCUCCCGCUUUUCCACCGGCUGGAGCUGCGGGCUGCACGCCGACUGGACCGAGCUCACCAGCUGCGUGCCUGCCGCCAUGGAGCGCCGCGGCUGCGCCGGCAACCGCACCCUCAGGAACUUCUAUUACAUCACGAUGCUGAGGGAUCCGGUGUCACGGUACUUGAGUGAAUGGAAGCAUGUUCAGAGGGGUGCAACAUGGAAAACUUCCCUUCAUAUGUGCGAUGGAAGAAGUCCAACACCAGACGAGCUGCCUACCUGUUAUGAAGGAGACGACUGGUCUGGAGUCAGUUUACAGGAAUUCAUGGAUUGCAGCUACAACUUGGCCAACAACCGCCAGGUGCGCAUGCUGGCAGACCUCAGCCUGGUGGGAUGCUACAACCUGACUUUUAUGAAUGAGAGUGAAAGAAAUAUGAUUCUUCUCCAAAGCGCCAAGAACAAUCUGAAAAACAUGGCCUUCUUUGGGCUCACAGAAUUUCAGAGGAAAACGCAGUAUCUCUUUGAGAGGACAUUCAACCUGAAAUUUAUUUCCCCAUUCACUCAAUUCAACGUUACGCGGGCCUCCAAUGUGGACAUAGGUGAGGAUGUGAGGCAACGGAUAGAGGAGCUGAAUUUCUUGGACGUACAGCUGUAUGAAUAUGCGAAGGACCUGUUCCUGCAGCGCUUCCAGUACUCCAAGCAAGAGGAGCAUCAGAAGAACCGGCUAAAGAGGCGAGAAGAGCGGCGGCUGUUGCGGGAGCAGAGAGCUCACCAGUCACCAAGGGGAGAGGCAGCAGAAGUAGCCAUUACUGAAGAUUAUAAUAGUCAGGUUGCAAGGUGGUGAUGCUCCUCCGUCUUGACUAACUGAUGAAGAGGAUCACAGAAUUUGUGCAACUUGGCUACCUGGGAAUUAGCCAAGGAAGGCCGAUGCUUUGGUAAAUGAGACCACAUCUGACAACUAACUACCCCUCCUUGUCUCAGUUUUUCUUGGUUUCUGCCAGUGAGGAGAAUGUAUUUUUUUCUCAAUAGGCACUGAUUAGUGUUAUUCAAUCACAGUAGAAUAGAUUCCUGUCCAAAAAGACUUCCUUCAAAGCCCUAAGCUAUGAGGAUGGGUUGAAGAGAGAGCUAUAUCCUUUGCAUUAACAGAGGUACUCUAUACAAUCUGAGCUACCAAAACUUGUGCAGACAUCUAUUGGAAAAAAAUACCUGGUUUGGUUCCUCUGUGACGUGAGAGCUGGUUUGUUUCAUACUGUCCUUUGCAACUGUAUAGCUUUCUAGUAAAUGAAAUGGAGGAAAGCACAUUGAGCUUCUACAUGCUGUGUUUUGAUUAAGGGAAGAAUUUGCUGAGGUGAUUAAAAAAGACCUAGGAAAUGUGGGAUUAGGGCAUUGCUUGUUCUGUUCUGUUAGCCAGUAGUCAGAGAUGAUUUAUAAGUGAGGUGGUGGCAGGGUUAGCUUAUUUCUCUGCAGAUGCUGAGAGUACCAAAACCAGCCAGGUAGCAGCCACCCUUCUGAGCAUGUGUGGCAAAGGCAAAGCCUUGAGAAAUGAGGUCCAUUCAACAGCUAGGCAGAUAUCAUGGAGAUUAUCUGGAUGAAGGCAAUGAAAGCAGCCUUCGCGUUCACAAAAGGUGCAGAGGGGGCAAGCAAACUACAGGGAAGAGGAAAGAGAGAGCAGGAAAAGCUGAAAUACUAGUGUGACAUUUUCCAGAUUUGCUUUGAAAGCCUGGAGAUCUAUUGUCUGUGAGGGUAGGCAGGGUUAUGAUAUCGUCUGUUAAAAUACAUUGAUGCCAAGUGAAUACAAUUUAAGUUGGUUUUCUCUCUAACUACAGUAGUGGCUAGAAAAAAAAUCAGCUUUCAGUUUUUUAGGAUACAUAAUGGCUAUGUGGAAAGUCUUGAUAUUUAUCACUCUGUAUGAAGAUUCUUUGUAAAUUUAUUGUUUCAUGAUGAGAGAUCUUUAUCUGGCUUUGUUCCUUGUCUAGAAAAAGAUUCAGUGGGUUCUUCCUCCACAUGUUACAUUCUUGUGGUUAAGCUGCAUCUCUUUAUUCCAAGAUUUUAUGUUGUUCCAUUUGCAAUAGUGAAAUUUUAAAAAAGAGGGUCCUGUGUACCAUGGAUCUUUUGAGAGAGGUUUUUUCCUUCUUCUAGCAUAAAUGUAAAGCAUUAGGAGGAAAUUUCUCUAAGUGCCUCAACGUGGCUGCUAAAUCAAGAUGCUGAAAGUAUAUUAUUGCGUGCAUGAAUGGCUUUUACCUUACAGAUUUGCUAAUUAGAAAUACUGGAGUACCUGAUGUGGAUGCACAUUUCUCAUUUAUUUUCAAAAUUCAAGGUUUUUAUCCAGUGGGUAAAAAAAAAUAAUGAGUUACAGAAGAAAAGAGGCUGAAUUUCAGUAUUUGUCUUUUCAUUUCCAAGUUUUUUGGUUUUUUUUUUAGUGCAUGCUGUAUCUUCUCUUCUUCUGACAAUGCUGUUGCUACUUACCUAUACACAAUAUCAGAGAUAAGCUCUAACCCAUCUUGUUGAAAGUUAAUGCAUACAAUAAUACAUUAAACAUUGAAUAUGGUAACAGCUGUUAAGAAGUGAAGAGGGCUGUAGAGAUGAUGCUUCAUUAUCAAUGUAGUUUAUUAGCAAUAUGCUGAUUUAUGCCUGAUUGUCAGUGUGAUACUUUUGGGGUGAGUAGUGAUGGGUUAUGAUCCCUAAUACCUGUUCCACUGGUGGAUUAUGUGCAUCUCUUCCCACCUCUGCAUUCAGAAAGGAAAACACAGGACUGCAGAUCAUUACUCUCCUGCUUGGGAUAUCUGCCUUAGAGAAGAGUGAGGAGCUCUCUAGACUCCCCAGAUGGUGCUGCUUGGAUCUCCAUAGCCUGGAAGAGGCGCUCAGAUACCUCACUCACAUAUGGACACCAACCUUCAGAGGUUUAAAUUGAAAUGUUUACAAUCUAGGUAUGAAGCUCGCCCUGGCUGCAGGACAGGAAGGCCAUGAAGAGCUAAGCUUGACUGAUACUAUUGCACCUUUAUCGCAAUGCAGGUAAUACACAGUGAUCUGAUAUCUUAUCUGCUGAUACCAGGGCUGCAGGUUGCGCUGGCCCUAUGGAAGCAAGGAGCUUUCUGGCUGGUGACACAGGAAUGACAGGAGCUGUUGCAUCUCACUAUUUUUGAGCCCACUGCUGCAUCUUGCUGUAGACCCUGCAGCAAGAGAGAGGAAGCCUGCCUUGGCACCUGAUACUGUGUGUCCAGGAUUUGCAGAUGCUCUCCAUGCUUCCAUGAGGAGGAAUAGUGUGCUGGGGGGACCCUGAAGGGCCAGAGGAAGAGCUGUGCAGGAGAAUAGCCAGCCACAUGAGAGAAAAGAUGCAAGGCCAAGUUCACAUUAAGGAGGAAGAUAUGUGAGAAAGUAGAAUCAGUCCCAGCCCAUCUUUUGUGGUAAAGCAUAUUUUCUUCCCUCCCCCCCCAUCACAAAAAAAGGGUCCCCUUUCUCUCAUCCCUGCCUCUUUCCCCAGUGGGCCACCUCUCCAUGCUGCUCACAGCAACAGGGGACUCGUUCUUCAUUUAGAAAAUGCAGUGUUACCUUUUCAGGGGAGAGGAGACAGAGCUCAGCAAUGGUUCCCUGGAGCCUCACCGGUGACUCUUAAGUAUCAGUUUCAGCUAUUUAAGCAUACCAGCCAUUCUCCAGACUGCUCCUUCUGCCUGACACAAAACAAAGCCUAAUGAAGAAAAUCAAAACAAUCUUUGGGUGGUUUACAUUAGCUUUAAUAGUUCGUUAAUGCAAUGCCUGACCUUUUCAUCAGUCAUUUCCCAGGAGACAAGAUUAGGGUCCUGAAGAGCUCUUAAUGUGCUGUAGCAUCUAUGGUAAUGGGAUUUGCCUUAACGCUUGGGAUUUUGUUAAAAUUGGUUUGUUUGGGGUUUUUUCUCCCUGCAGGCUGUGUAGCAGAUAGAUAGCCCUGGAUGUACAGGAGUAGUUGUCGUGGUGGGAGAUCUUGCCCAGAGGCUCUGGGACUGAAGGACCUGGCACCUCCUUCCCCAGCUCCAGCAGUAGAUCCAGCAAACUCACUGUGCCAACAAUACUGUUUUUCUUAGCAGAAUUUCCUGGCACGUAACAAAUAAAGCAACUUGGAAAUACUUCCAGGCAGGCUUCUAAGACACAGGCUUGCAGCUUUUUUCCUAUCGGGCACUAUGCCUGAAAUAAAGUAAUACAAUAGUAAAAUAAAGUCCCUGUUAAUAUCUCUGUUAUUCCAGGUUUUUGUUGCUCUGACAGCACAGGCUUCACUGUAAUUACACUGGCUCAUAUAAGAUCAGAGCACAGUGUGUUUCUUUCAAAAUCUUCACGAGCAACAGGACUAUAGGAUUUCUGUCCAUCUUCCUGGCAUUAUUUUGUUGCUUAAACAAGGCAAUUUGGCUUCUGCUACUGUGGUGCUGAAACAAAUCUCAUUCUUUGUAAUGGAGAUGUACUUGCUAAUCUCUCCUAUCACAUCUUCAGUACCGGCUGCCUUUUCCAGUUAUAAUUCAGUGUAGGCUUGGAGCAGACAGAGAAACCUGCUGUGUCAUUAAAACUUGUUCCUGGUAAUUUGAUGCCUAGUCCAAGAGCUCAGCCUAGUGCCUAUGGGCCAUACUUCAUUAAGGAAUGAAAAUUUGUCCUUUCUUCCCUACUCAACAAUGCUAACAAUAAAAAACUUUUUCACUAUGGGGAAAGAAAAACACCAUUUCUGAUGGUAGGUAUUCUUCACUGCGGUUGUGUUAAUAGUGAGGCUGCGAUAGCCUUGCCAUGGAUUCUACCCAACAUGUGAUAGUUCUUUGCAGUUCACUAAAAGGAGAAGUACAGAACAAACAAGCGAUGGAAGUCACAUCCACAAUCAAACUUCCUAACUGCAGCAUAUCAAUUCAGCCAAACCAAAUGGUAGGUCAUAUCACCUUUGCAUCUGGAGAUGUUUCAGAUUUGACUGGCUUUCAAGCUGGCUUUCUAUUUAACACAUGCUUCUUUCUGCAGUAGUGAAUUCUUGUUUCCUGUCUGCAGCCUUGUAUCAGUUAUGGGCACUGAUGUUAUAAAACUUCACACUGACACUUUUUUUCUUCCAUUGCUGUUCCCCUGGAAUUAUACUUUUUUGGUCUAGGAUAAAGAAUAUCUUUCCAGGCUAGUGGAGACUACCCUGUACGAGAUGAGCAAUCACAAUAAAAUCAUUAUUCUGCUGAAGCAAAUUGCUGUAUUCUUCCUGCAUGUGGCAAAAGCAUACUCAGAAAAGGUAGCCAGUUUGCACUGAAACACUUCUCUCAGUUUGGUUCUUGUAGUACUUUCUUUGUUGAAAUUUUGUGGAGGGAAAUGGGUUCCAUAGCCUGCAAUGUCCUUGAAUUUCUUCUUGGCCGUAUCACUAGCUUGUUGGAAGUGAAAAAAAAAAUCAAGAUUCCCAUGAGUCGCCAUAUUUAAGAUGAAAGGGUAAAUUAAUAGGCUGUAAAUUCCUUUAUUCUUUAGGAUUUUUCCUUCUGUUUAUGUGCAAUAAUGUGUGUGAACUCUGCUAUUAAGAGAUUGUAUCGUGAGUAACCAUAUCUACUUUUAUUCCUAUUUACAAGAUAGACCUAGGGAUUUUCAUUGAUGUAAAGCACAAUUUAAUGAAUUAUUUACUGUGUUUAACCAUUGUGAUGUCAAAAUCAUUGUUUUCAUAUAUUUAUUUGUUGGUGGUUUUCUGUAAAAUGAUGCUCAUUAAGAAAUCUGUUAAAAAUGA